AUGGACGUCAGCAACGUCGACCCGGAGGAGGUCCUGCUCGACUCCCAGACGAUCGAGCCCGGCGACGUCUCCGCAGAGAUUGAUCCCGCGGAGGUGAAUGCGUCGGAGGACAAGGUUAUGGUGUCUGUUAGAAUCCGCCCCAGCUCGUCGGCGUCCGCGUGGUUGUCGGAUGGCCACACGAUCAAGCUCGACCCGUCGUGCGCGCGCAACCCCUCGCUCGUGAACGCCUCGGCGACCGCGCAGGACUUCACCUUCGACAAUGUCCUCACCGGCACGCCGAACAAACCCAUCUAUACCGCCGUCGGCCGCGCACACGUGCACGCCGCGAUGGAGGGCUUUAACGCGGUUAUCUUCGCGUAUGGGCAGACCGCGUCCGGCAAGACCUUCACGCUCACCGGUGGCCCUACCGAUCCGACAACGGGCAUUCAAGAGGAACCAGGCAUCAUCCCGCGCUCGAUGCGCGAUAUAUUCGGCUUCAUCAAGCGCACUCCCCAGCGAGAGUACCUCCUGCGGUGCUCCUACCUAGAGAUCUAUAACGAGACCGUCGUAGAUCUCCUCGCGCCACCCUCCACCUCAGGCGGCAACGUCGUCCAAAUCCAAGGCGCCAACGCCAACGACAUCACUCUCACCCCCCUCCGCGAGGAAGUCAUCACCUCCCUCAAGUCCGUCACCGACGUCCUCAAGCGCGGCGAGGCGAACCGGCGCACGGCGUCCACCGACUGGAAUGAGCGCUCCAGCCGCUCGCAUUCGGUCUUCCGCGUUGUCAUCGAGAGCCGGGAGCGCGCGGAGGACGUGGAUCGGGAGAGUGGGACGCCGGGGAUGAGUGGGAGGGCGACGCCGAGUGGGCGGCAGACGCCGGGGAUGGGGGGUAGGAGGACACCCGGGCCGAAGCUGCAGGCGAUUGGGGGCCGGAGUGUGCAGACGUCGGUGUUGAGCCUCAUUGAUCUUGCCGGUUCGGAGAAGGCGACGAGCGACAAGGAGCGCACGCGCGAGGGGAAGUAUAUCAACACCAGUCUACUCACCCUCGGCUCCGUCAUCGGCACGCUCGCGGAGAACGCGGCGAAGAACAAACACGACCACAUCCCGUAUCGCAACUCCAAGCUGACGCGCAUCUUGCAACCGUGUUUGGCGGGGAACGCGCGGAUUUCGGUCAUUUGUACGAUCAACCCGGAUGUGGGGGCCGUGGGCGAGAGUCUGAGUACGCUGGGCUUCGCGCGGAGGGUGAAGGGGGUCAAGCUGCAUGCUCAGAAGAAGGAAGUUGUCGACACCGACGCGCUCAUCGAGAAGUACCAGAAGGAGAUCGCGGAGCUCAAGACAAGGCUCGCAGAGCGCGAGCGUGAUGCGCCUGUCAAGAACAGACGGUUGAGCGCGCGCGAGCAAAUUGACGAGUCGAAGGCCAUGCGCGACCUCAACAACCGUAUCCAGCAACUCACGAAGCUCAUCUUGACCAGCAACACCGUCGACGCUGCCGAGUCGCGGCCGGCGAGCCCCAUGAAGGUCGACUUCGACAUGUCGCCCUACCAGUUGCAACAAGAGUUGCUCGCCGCACGGCACCAACUAGAGUCACAGCAAGCACAGAUCCUGUCGCUCGAAACGGCGCUCACGUCCCGACCACCACUCCCUGCCGACGCGCCCGAUGAUGAGAAGGACAAGCUGAUCCUGAAGCUGACGAACGAGAACCGGGAGCUGAACAUUGUCGUGAAGGGGUACGAGAACAACCUCGGCGAGCCACUGCGUGCCGUCCGCGAGGACGUCGAGCGCGAGUGGCAGGGCAAGCUUGACAUGGAGAUUCAGCGGCGACUCGACGUGGAGCGCUGGUCGGAGGAGCUCGUUCGUCAGCUCGACCGUGAGCGCAAGGUACGUCUACCCCUAGAGAGCCAGCGCGAGGCCCUCGCCAGCUUCGUGAGCCUCUUUGACUCGUCGAAGCUCGGCUCGUCGGGUGUGUCGAAGGGCAUGACCGGCCUCCCCACUCUCAGUCGCUUCAGCUCCGGCCGCCGCCUCUCCGCCGUCGGCGAGGGCCGCGAGGAGGAGCUCUGGCAGAUGAAGGACGGUGAGGUCAAGUACGUCGCGGACGCCUCUCGUCCGACCUCGCGCGCCGCUACCACGCGCCCGUCCUCCCGUGCCGCGGGCUCGUCCUCGAAGGAUCCUAUCGAUGCGUCGCCUGUGCGCAUGCCGGACGUCGGCGGGAAGCCAAGUCUACUCGAGGAGGAUUGGAGCAUGAUGAGCGGCGAUACGAGUUUCGACAUGGAGGCCGAGCUGGCGAAGGGCGAGGCGAAGAAGGAGGAUACGACGAAGGGGAAGCGUAUCCUCGGGGAGCUGCGCGACGUCUUUGGGGGCAAAGAGAACCUGCCGUCGAAGGGCGGAUCUUCCGCAUAG